UCGCAGGAAGACUGAAGGAUGUUGAGAACAGCUGGAGCGGAGUCCCGCCUCCUGGAGAGCUCAGGCUCCGCCCCCGCUCCACCUUCCCUUAAGGGAUCUGUGGUGGGGGCGGUAACAUGCAGUGGUGACGUGUUCCAGAAGCACUUGUUGGUUGGCUGAAGCAGCGGCCCCUCCGCCCUUCUCGGAAGUAGCCGGGGAGUUAGGGGCGGCCCCGGCAGGGCUGGCUUGCCGCGGAGGUAAACAUGGCGGCCACGGACGCAGCGGCGGCGGCGGCGUCCGCAGGUUUGACCCCAGCCCCACUUCUGGCUCCAGUCUCAGACCCGACCGCGACCCGUCCCAGUAGAGGUGAAGCCACCAUCCAUGCGACCUCUGAGCGGUGGGGACUCGAAGCGGGAUUGCGGGGAAGCCGGGCUAGGACGGCAGGGGGAAAGCGGCAGCUCUCAACCUCGACCCCUAGCCCGACUCCUGCGGGUGAGCUGAUCCGGCCGUCCGUGUCGGAGCUGUCUCGAGCGGUGCGCACCAACAUUUUGUGCACCGUGCGCGGUUGCGGCAAGAUCCUGCCCAACGGGCCCGCGCUCAACAUGCACCUGGUGAAGAGCCAUCGUCUGCAGGAUGGAAUAAUAAAUCCAACAAUAAGAAAGGACUUGAAAUCGACCCCAAAAUUCUAUUGUUGCCCUAUUAAGGGAUGCCCUAGAGGUCCCAACAGACCAUUUUCACAAUUUUCUCUUGUAAAACAGCACUUUAUGAAAAUGCAUGCUGAAAAGAAGCAUAAAUGUGAUAAAUGUAGCAACUCUUAUGGUACUGAAUGGGACUUAAAACGACAUGCAGAAGAUUGUGGCAAGACUUUCCAAUGCACAUGUGGCUGUCCAUAUGCCAGCAGAACAGCAUUGCAGUCACACAUUUAUCGAACUGGCCAUGAGAUCCCUGCAGAGCACAGAGAUCCACCUGGUAAGAAAAGGAAAAUGGAAAACUCUCUUCAUAAUCAACAGUUGUCCGAUAAAGCACUUGAAUCAUUGACCAACAAACCAACCACUAGAGCAGACACUCAAGACCUGGAAACUUCAGAAAUAAAGCUGGUGACUUCUUUUGAAGAUUCUUGCAACUCUAAUGCCAGAAAGCAAACCCUUACACCUCCAAGAUACACUCAGAAGCUGCUUUUGCCGAAGCCCAAAGUGGCUUUGGUUAAGCUUCCCGUUAUGCAGUUUUCACAUUUGCCUAUCUUUGUGCCUGCGACAGACUCUUCAGUCCAGCCUACAGUAGUUGGUGUUGAUAAUCAAGGGUCUGUCACAAGCACCGUUCAUCUACUUCCUUUGUCAAUAGGAACUUUGAUCCUAGGAUUGGAUUCAGAGGGUUUCUCACGUAAGGAAAGCUUACCACUUUCAAAAAUAGUCAACCCUGUUGCUGUUGAGCCCAUUAGUACAGGUGUACAAGUGAAUCUGGGCAAAAACCCAACUAAUACUUUACAAGAAUUAGGAAAUGUGUGUCAAAAGAAUAAAAUUUCUUCCACCAAUGUACAAACAGAUGUAUCUUAUACUUCACAAACUCUCGUGUCACCUUCACCGUGGGCCCCUCCUGAUUCCUCUGUAUCUUCAUGUUCCCAAACAGAUUUAACAUUUGGCUCUCAAGUUUCUCUUCCCAUCAGUGUUCAAACUCAGACAUUUUUACCCAGUUCUAAGCUAACCUCAUCAAUAGCAGCACAGACAGAUACCUUUACUCAUGCUUGUCUCCAGCCAUGUGGGAUCUCUCGAGAAACUCAGACCAAUGGAAUCCAGAGUUCAGCAGAUGCCACAAUGUCGAUGAACCAAGCUGUCAUGUGUAAUGAUAUUUUUGAGAAUGUCCAUGCAUACAAUGUUUCUACCCCAAACAUUGCAAACAAUAGUUUAGUCGCUGCUCCCAUAUCUCACAAUUUGUUACCUCAGGAUGGCUGUAAGAAUUUGAGUCAGGAUAUUGUAAAGUCCACAUCCGAUAUGAACUUCAGCACACAAAAUAAUAUACUCCCAUCCCAAAACAUGACUGAUAACCAAACCCAGACAAUAGAUUUAUUAAAUGAUCUGGAAAAUAUACUGUCUGGUAAUCUGCCUGGCCAGAAUUUGGAUAGCCGAAGUCUCCUGGCUGACAGUAAUACUGGCACUGACCCUCAGCUGUCAUCUGGGUCUACCCAGAAUCCAGGAAUCGAUUUUGACAUUGAAGAGUUUUUUUCAGCUUCAAAUAUCCAAACUCAAACAGAAGAGAGUGACCUUAGCAACAUAAACACUGAACCAGUCUUGGAAUCUCUGGAUAUUGAAACUCAAACAGACUUCUUGCUGGCAGAUAACACCACUCAGUCGUACAGUUGUAGGGGGAAUUCCAACUUUCUAGGACUGGAAAUGUUUGAUACUCAAACACAGACAGAUUUAAACUUCUUCUUAGACACUAGUCCUCAUCUGCCUCUGGCAAAUAUUCUGAAGCACUCUAGUUUUUCCAUGAGCACAGAUUCGUCUGACACAGAAACUCAAACUGAAGGACUCUCUGCUGCUAAAAAUAUACCUGGUUUGGAAAAAGUCCAGUUGAAUAGUACAGAAACGCAGACGAUGAGUAGUGGUUUUGAAACCCUUGGGAAUUUGUUCUUUACCAGCAAUGAAACUCAGACUGCAAUGGAUGACUUUCUUUUGGCCGAUUUGGCCUGGAAUACGAUGGAGUCUCAGUUCAGUUCUGUAGAAACACAGACAUGUGCUGAACUGUGUUCUGUGUCAAACUUCUAAGAUAUUUGAGCCCAAGUUUGAUGGAAAAUAUUUGGUAAUUUUCCUUUGAGGUGAGAAAAGGAAAAGGUGGGGGGGGACGACGUGUGUUGAAUGUAACUGAUCUUAUGCAGUUCCGUAGCCGUUUCCUCAAGAUAUUUGCCUCUUAUUUGUAAACAUGAAACGUGUGUGUUUUAUAAAGUGUCAGUGUCAGUAAAUUAUUGUUUUUUAGUUGCUCACUAUUACUACAUUGAAAGUAAUAGCUAUCAUACUCUUGUGUUUUCCGUUACACAAUGAAAAUUUGCAUACAACUUUUUCACUGAAACCAAGUCUACCUGCUUCUGGACAAUAGCCUAUUUUUUUUAUGCUUUCAAAACAUUUUGGUCUUGAAGUGUAGAAAGUGCUUUACUGGGGAGAAAAAGUAAUGAAGUAUUUUGGGGGGGUUGCACUUGAAACUUUUGAACAACGUUCACUCAGAAUUCCUGUUGGUUCUUGAAGCUCGUAUUUAGGGUGGACAGAUGCUUUCUAAUCCCUCGCCUAGCAGGCCAUGUCAGAUACGCGUAGCUACUCUAAUGUGCUUUACGAUUGAUGGUAAUGACAGCCACGUUUUUUCUUUGUUUGGGAACCUCGCCAUAUGUUUUCUAACUUAUGAAAUUAAAAACAAAAAGCCAGCAGCCCUGCUUCAGUCUUUACCUGUACAAGUAAUUACUGUGAGGAAGAUACAGUGACUUCUCUGUGAGCUUCUAUGGACUCUACUACAUAUCUGCCCAGUACUUUUAAAAUGGACAGUCUUUCUUUGCUUUUCUACAAGAAACUCUCCUGUGAUAAUGCUCCUUAAAGGAAAAUGAUAGAUAGAAAGUGAUGUUAGUUCUGUUGAAGGUAAUUGUCACCCAACAAAAUCAAGAGCAAAACUGAAAUUGUUUAAAUUGGAAUUUUUCAUAAUGUGACCUUGAUUCUCUGAAGUGUCAUAGGGCGAGUAGUGCUCCAAGAGCUACUUCUCAAAGCAAACACAAUGGGCCUGAGUUUUGUCCCCUCUUGAUGUUAAGAAAUCUUGACCUGCUAAAAAACAAAACAAAAAGCCAUUCCCAAGCCUUUAUAAGCUCUUUCUCCUCUUUGGCUAAAUUUGGGCAAGAAUACAGUCUAUGUUUCUGUUUAAAGUGCCCCAAUUUUCAAUAUCCUCAUCAAUAGCCAUCUCUAUUAAUAAAAUAAUCUGGUAUGGGAAUAAUACUUGUGCCUUGGGGCUUGCUAUUCUACAGGAGAUUUAUCCUAAGCACCAUGUUAAAAUUUUUUCUUAAGGCAAGAAGAAUACCAAAUAGUACAGUCCUAAUAUAAAGGCAAGAAGAAAAAGGAAGGCAUCAUAUGUUUGAUAGAGAAAAAAGAUGAUUUAAGAAUAUUGCUGGCGUUUUUCUUUGAUUUGAGGAGACGGAGAUUCUUUAGUUUGGCAGGCACAUUUUUUUAAGUUUAUAAAAAUAUUUUAUGAUUCUAUUGGACAUGCUUAUGCUGAUAGCAGGCAAGGGUAUAAGGAAGCAUACCAAAUCUAGAAGGGAACUCUUUAAGUAUGCUCAGAUUAUAAUGUUUUGCUGCUGUUUCACUUGUCUGAUACAGAGGCCAUAACAAUGAUUUUAGGAGGUCUUAGUAUUAAUGAUCAAUAAUUUCCCAUUUGAAACAGUUGAAUUCAGUGUGGUAGAUGAUGGGAAAUAACUGUGAUUUGAUCAGAUUGGAUAUAGAUCUGGAUUUCAAAACUUAAACAUAUAAAGCCUUAACUUAGCAAUUCCAUGUGUUCUUAGGAUUGUCAUUGCCUUAAUGUUUAAACCCUCUUGGUAAAGGAACAGUGCAUGUUUGUUUAUGCCUUGUGUAAAUACUGUAUGUUGUGAUCCAUGCUUGAAAAAGCACUUUGUUUCAGUGAUAAUGAGUAUUUUUUCCUUAAUUCAGCCAAUAGAUAUUUGUAGGAAAGUAAAGCAUGUACAAAUGAAAAUAACAAAUGAGGCUUGUUUCAAAAGCAUUUCCCCAAAAUAUGUGAAUUACUCAAAAAUGAAAUAAAGCUCAUUAUAAAAAUUAAAAUUCAGUGAUUAAAGAGAAGUCAAAAUCA